UUUAUAAGGUUACACUUCCUUCUGUCCUGAUAUCGCUACAUUACCUCUUGACAUUCUGCAUGAUCUCACACUGUUGUUAGUUUGUCUUAAAGUAACAGUUUUAAUGAUGCGGCCUUUCUUCGUUUUGGGGCUGGCGACAUUUGCCAUAGGCGCUGCCGCUGCCACAGUUUCCACUGAAGACUUUGGCAACAUCACCUCCACAACAAGACCAUUAAACCAAACCGAAGUGAGCUCUUUGAACACACCAACUACUUCUUCGCCGAUUGUAACAACCGUAUCGGCUUCUAAAGUACAAUCGUCUACAUUGCCUUCGCCAAGCUCGUUCACCUCGUCUGGCUCACCACAGGAUGUUGCACGUCCAGGUCCUUCGCCAGAUACCCCACAGCUCUCAAGUUCGUCGCAGCGAGUCUCUGGUCUCUCAUCUCCAGCUUCGGGUGCCAUCGGGCCGGUUUCGAGUUCUACCAUAAAUUCGACUGCAUCAGCAACACCGACGGAGCCGACUGGUUCAUGUAAAGGCUGUGUCCUUCAGGCUUACCCUCCAAUUACUGCAUUCUUCAAUGAAACAGAUCCCCAAUAUCAAGUGUCGACUUCGACUACGACUAUGAAUGCUACUGUACGGAUAAUCGAAUACUCUGAUGUCAACGCCACAGAGUUGGAGAUUGGUGGUCAGACAAGGACGGUGAUCGAGGGAACGACAUUUGGAACUAUUACCAGCUCGACACCUCAAUUCGUAAUUACACCUACAGAUGGGGUACUCUUGACCGUCAAUGCAGGACCCACAUACGUCAUCUAUCCUGGUUUCGAAGGUGGAUUGAACGCCAAAGUCGAACCAACAUUAAUCGAAUCGAAUUCCACCCUACAAACAUGCUCUCCAAACGUCAAGGCUCUCAAUAGCUGGCAACCAACUGCAACAGAGGACUGGAAUUACUUCAUUGAAACAUACAUGACAAAACCACCAGAACCGCCCACGGAGACGGUCGUUUCAGUACCGUCCAGAUUGGUUAGCUUCCUGAACCAAGAUGCGGACUUUAGAGAGCAGUUUAACGGCUCUGAUAUUGUAACAUGUACCGUGGGCCCAGGCACUGGGGUUUCUACAGCGUCUACAUCAAUGUUGAAUCUAGCAUCGUCAGAUGCAGCAACGUCAGCUCCAGGAUCCCAAACGUUUAUAAGCACAUCGUACCAAACGACAUCACAGUACACAACAAAACAGACUUGCUUGAGAUGCGUGGCUACGUCGCCAGUCAAUCCUAUAGUAACGGCACCAAGUUUGGAUGUUCCCACGCCUAGGGUACCAAACAGGCAAGGAAACCCAGUGACGCCGGUCAAUCCGCAACCACCGAACAUACCUGGAGCACCAAACAGGCCAGAAGACCCAUCGAAACCUGUUGAUCAGCAGCAACAAAACCAGCCCGAGCCGAGCAUUAUUAUUGGAGGUGCAGUCCUUCCUAUUACCACUGCGCAACCGGCACAAAAUACCGACAGGCCGAGUGGGCAGAACCAGAAUAUACCUCUUGUCGUCAUUGGGUCUGAGACGGUCACACCUGGAGAGACAAAGACCAUCAAUGGCGUUACAGUCUUUGUGCCGACAGAGGGAUCCGCAUCAGGAAUAGUCGUAGGUGGUAGCACCGUCGUGUUGAACACCAAUACCAAUCCGACGGGUCCAGCGAUCCCUACUAUUGGCAGCUCCACCAUCACAGCAAACUCACAAGGAGAAUUUGUCGUGGACACAGCGACUUUGAAACCAGAAGGUUUGGUGAUUGAUGGGCAGACGAGCAGUAUAUUAAGGGUGCCGGCGAGUAAUCCUAUAAACACAACGAGGUCGAGUGUGAGUAUCUUGCCUGCGUCGACAUCUUCUUCUCCGUCUUCUUCGUCAACGACGAGUACGCGUGGAGCUGGAGACUUUGUCGCGAGCGGAAUUGGAGAGACGGGGCGAGCUAGAGGUGGAGCCGGUGUUAGAGGCGUAGACAGGUGGAUCGAGGGUCUGAUGGUAGGUGUUGCAGGGUGGUUUAUAGUUCUGUUGUAGUAAGAAACACAGAUAACGUACUACAUGGAUCAGUACUAUAUACGGCCUGGGGUACAAGCUACAAAGCCCUGAUCAUUGCAGUCGGUGGCGGUCUUACGAUGUGCAGAUUCGUAGGUUUGACUACAAUUCAACCUGUUGACACAUACUUGCAGACAGGCAAACGUCAUCUUCCUCAGCGGCCCUUGCUUAG